GGUCUUGUCUUGUCUGACCUCUUCCACCGGCAACCCUCGCCGCCGGCUGCCUCAUCCGUCCUGCCGCCGAUCCCUGACGGCGGCUGGCCCCGGUCCAUGGCGGCGGCCGUUUCGCCUCUGGCCUCUCCCGGUCCCGACCUCGACCGCCUGCCCAGGCCUAGCUUGGCAAGUCCAUGGGAUUCCAAAGCGCUAUGCAAGCGUGCGGAAACCUGCGAGUUGGAGUCGGGUGCUUUCUUGAUUGAUCCUGCUCUGCUUCCAACCCUAGAAGAUCUACUUCUAGAAAUUUACGCGAUGUUGCGCCCAAAGCCAGUCGACUAUGAGCAACGGCAUAUUAUGAUAGAUGUCUUCAACAAAAUUGCCAAAGAUGUUUGUGGUGGUAAAAACAAUAGGUUUCCAGUUGUGGAAGCGUUUGGGUCAUUCACGAUGGAUCUAUUUACUGCGAAAAGUGACCUUGACCUCUCUGUCAACUUUAGCGCUGAUAGGGAUGGUGAAUUUGAUCGCAACAAAAAGAUUUCUGUUAUUAGGAAGUUUGCAAAAGUGCUACGUCAGCAUCAGAGCAGGGGUCGUUGUUAUGGGGUUUUACCUGUUGUAAAUGCUAUAGUUCCUGUACUGAAGGUUACUGAUAAGGGAACUGGGGUUGAGUGUGAUAUUUCAGUUGAAAACAAAGAUGGCAUGUCAAGAUCAAUGAUAUUUAAACUUGUUUCGUCGAUUGAUGAAAGAUUUCGGAUACUUUGUUAUCUGAUGAAGUUCUGGGCUAAGUCACAUGAUGUUAACUGCCCCAGAGAUCGAACAAUGAGCUCGAUGGCAAUUAUCUCUUUAGUCGCUUUCCAUUUACAGACCCGGCGCCCUCCAAUACUACCUGCGUUUUCUCGUUUAUUGAAAGACGGCGCAGACAUUGCAAGUAUUCAGAGGAAUGUCUCGCUAUUUGAGGGGUUUGGGAGCAGAAAUAAAGAAUCUGUUGCUGAACUUUUUGUAUCAUUAAUGAGUAAACUACUAUCAGUACAAGGUUUAUGGGAGCAAGGGCUCUGUGCCAGCAAUCUGGAAGGGUCCUGGAUCUUAAAGAUGACCUGGGAUAGAGGAAUCGGUAACUUGGCUGUUGAAGACUUCUUGGACCGGAAUCAGAAUUUUGCCAGAUCAGUAGGGAAGGUGGAGAUGCAGACAAUCUGUGAAUGCCUAAGGGACACUGUUUGCAAGUUGACUGAUUUCUUCAAGGGUGACAUUGAUGCGCCUACGCUGAAGAUCCUUAUUUUUGGUGCGCUAAAGGAGGACAAGCCAGUCAGUCGAACCAGUCCGAAACUUGUUGAGACGAAGAGGAAGAGAGACGCGCGACUUGACCCAGGAAACGGUCAGAGGCCGCAGAAGAAACGGAGGCACGCUGCACAACCUGGCCAUGCUGCGGACCAGACUGAUGCUUGCUUACCAACUCCCACCAUGUUCAUGCCUCCUCCUCCUCAGAUGCAUCUACCGCGCAGUCAGUUUGCGCGUCCACCUCAGCAUCCGGCCCCACCACCUUCCCGGUUUCCUUACGGGCCGCCACUGCCACUGCCACUGCCGCAUCUGCAUCCAGCUCCUCAUAUGGUAGGCCAACCACAGCAUGGCAACUUCAUGCACCCGAAUCCUGGGAUUCAGCUGCAUCAGCAAGCACAGCAUAAUAUGUUUGCUCCUUUACAAGCCCGCCAGCAGGCGUUCAACGGGUUCCACCCCGGCUAUGGUUUCGAUGGGGCUCCUCAGAUCCCGUACGACCCCAACAGCGGGCUGCCUUACAUCAACCCUAAUUACCGGAGAGUAUGACUUUGAACAGGUGCACAUAGCGCAUUGUGGGGGAUGUAGCUAGUUAGCUAAUUGAUAUAUGUGCAAAAAUGUGUCUUGUUGAUCUGUUGUAGAAUGGAAAAUGAUGUAAUAGCUUGUGUCUUUUUUCUGGUCUGGAAAGGAAGCCGAAAUCGGCAGAUUGUAAGGUUGUUCUAGACUUAGAUAUUGCUCAGGUGUUUUGCUGGAUGAUGUAUGUCUGUCUGAAAAUGUUAAUGGGUAUAAUAGUACCUUGGAUAUAUGAACUUUUUGAGAUGACCAGUGGUGGAGUGCUGUUGUC